UACGCUGUAGUUCUCCAUAAAAAUCGUAGGAGCCUUUUGACUCGCCCUCUUUAGCUCAGUCAUGGUGGCUCACCUAGUCAACACUGUCCGAAAUGUAGUUGGAGUCACUGGGAACGUUAUCGCACUCUUCCUGUUCUUGUCUCCACUGCCAACUUUUAUUCGAAUUUGGAAGAAAGGGUCAGUGGAGCAGUUUUCACCAGUCCCAUACCUAGCAACCUUAAUAAAUUGCAUGGUUUGGGUGAUCUACGGGCUGCCAAUGGUGCACCCCAACAGUACCCUCGUGGUGACCAUCAAUGGCGCCGGUACCGCCAUUGAGGUCGUUUUCUUAACCCUCUUCAUUGUCUUCUGUCAUGACAAGAAGAAGCGACUCACGGUGGUGCUAAUCGUCGUGGUUGAGAUCAUUUUAAUGGCCGCUCUCGCCGCUCUCGUUCUCACCAUAGCUCACACCACUCAACGACGUUCCGUGGUCGUCGGAAUUAUAGCCAUCUCCUUCAAUAUCAUGAUGUAUGCUGCUCCUUUAUCCGUCAUGAAAUUGGUGAUUACGACCAAAAGUGUGGAGUAUAUGCCAUUUUCCCUCUCAUUGGCUUCAUUCCUCAACGGUAUUGCUUGGACUACUUACGCUUUCCUCCCUUUCGACCCUUUUAUUGCCGUCCCAAAUGGAGUGGGAACAAUGUUUAGUUUAGCCCAGCUGUUGUUAUACGGUACAUAUUACAAGUCCACAAAGAGAAUAAUAGCAGCAAGGAAAGAGGCGAAGAUAGAGAUGCAUCUCUCGUCGUCGUCAUCGGUGACGGUUGCCAACAGCGGGGUUGGUCCCAAGAAGGGCGUCGGAGCAGCACCUUAAGAGACCCAAACCGUCCAUUUCCAAUAUAAUUAUGUGUCCAACUCCCUAUCUGUGUUAUUUAUUGAGACAAAAAUCAGUGGGAGUAUGUUUUAGUUGUCAACAUUGCUUUCGACUUCUUCUCAAUCCAUGUUUGGUUCC